CAGCAGUGGAUCCGGGAGCGGGAGACGAAGCUGCAGCAGGUCUGUGACCAGAAGGUGGUCCGCUUCCGGUUGACGGGAGCCUCACCGGUGGCCACAUCGGGCGCGGGCGGUUCGAGUGCGCUGAGUGAGCGGCGGGCGAACCUACGGCAGGCCAACGACAUCGUGCAGGACAUCGAGAGUUUCGAGCCGAUGAUCGCGUCGGUCGCGAGUAAGGCUUCGGACCUUCGGCAGACAUCGCCAGCCUCGGAGAUUGCGACCAAGUACGAGACGCUCAGUCAGCAGGCACGGCAGCUGCUGGAGAAGGAGAGGGCCACGGUCGAGCGGCAACAGGCGUUCGUGGACGCAAGCAACGAGCUGGCCGCGUGGAUCCGUCACGCUCAGGAAUCGCUGGCCAAGUGUUCGGAACCGCGCGGUGACAAGGAAACCCUGGUGUCACGUCGGACGCAAGCGAAGAUCCUGGACGGUGAGGUGCCGGCCGGUCAGCGCAAGCUGGAACGGGCUCUCGAGCAGGCGGAAGUGGCGUGCCGGGCGGUCAGCGGUGACACGGAAGAAGUCGAGGCCAUCGAGAGCGAGGUAGCGAUCCUUCAGGAUGAGUUCGAUCGGUAUUGCACCGACCUCCGGCGGGUCAGUGGGGCGUUGGAGGCCGGGAUCGUGCGGUGGACGGAGUACGACGACCAGUACGGGGUGGCCGUCCGUUGGCUGGACACGUGCGAACAGGAGGUCCAGACGUACAACCGGAUGCAGCCGAGCCUUCCCGAGAAGAAGCGUGUCCUGGAGGAGUUCCAGGAUCGGCUGCAGACGCUGUUCGAUUGGCAGCGCGAGUUGGACAACUUGAACCAGCGCGCCCAGGUCCUGCUGGACAUUUGUGCGGAUACGCGCGUCAGCAACGGGGUCACGCAGUUGACCACAAAGUACAACGUGCUGCUGUCGAUCGCCAAGGAGCUGAUGCGGCGGCUGGAAGCGCACUAUCAGGAGCACCAGCAGCACAACACACUGUACGGCGAGUGCCAGGACUGGUUGGAUCGGAUGCGGGAGAAGCUGGCGGAAUGCGAAGCGGUCCCGCGAACGGUGGCCGACACACAAGCCAAGUUGAACGUGGUGAAGGGUGUGCGGCAGUCGCUGGAACAGGGUCAGAACCGGUUGCGGUACCUGUGCGAGUUGAAGGAGCGAAUCGUACUCGGAACGGAAGCCAGCGGGGCGACCAAGAUCGAAGAGGACACGGAUGGGUUGCGGGGCGAGUACGAGGCACUGAUGGUGGACAUCACGGAGACGCGUCAGCGGCUGACGGCGCACCUAGCGCAGCUCGAGGAGCUCGGAAAGUUGUCCCGUCUGGUGGCCGAGUGGUGCGACGAGGUACGCACGAAGCUGGGGGAACCAAUGGGGCCGGAACUGGCCGACCGUCGGGCGCUUCUGGAGCGCUACCGGGCUAUCCACCGCGAGACGGGCAACUACGGGGAGGUGGUGGAGAAGAUCCGUACCAAACUGGCCGACACUAGCUCGGGAGUCGCGCUGGACGUGGAGGGCGAGGUGGGAGCGAUCCUCACCUCGUACGAGGAGCUGACCGCACAGGUAGCGUCCGAGAUCGAGCGGCUCGAGAACCAGGUUAACAGCCACGAGCGCUUCCGGCAGGCGGUGGGCGCGCUGUACGAGUGGCUAAAGGCCGCCCGUCAGACCAUCGAGCAGUCCUCGGACUUCCACGGUGACCGGGAACACAUCGUGGCGCGGCUCGGGAAGUUACGUGAAGCGGAAGCGACGUUCGGUGCGGGUCGACAGCUACUGGAGACCGUGGUCGAGUUGGGUAACGGGCUGGCAGCGAUGGCUAUCGGUCAGGAAGGGCAGGACACCGUCCGGCAGGAGAUGGCACAGGUGCGAUCGGACUGGGCAGAGUUGGAGGCGCUCUCGACGGCCGCCCAGCAAACGCUGGCCGAGUGUCUGGCGUCCUGGGACAGCUUCCUGGGCCAAUCGGAACAACUCGGGGCGUUCCUGCAGGAGCAUGACGCGAAGGUGGACGGACUGGCGACGGACAGCGACCAGGAUGCGGUCCUCGCGCAGCUCAAGCACAUCCAUGAGCUGAUCCUGACCAGGAAGGGCACCGUCGAGGAGCUGAGCGAUGUGUGCGAGGCGCUGAUGGAGAAGAGCGCCUGCUCGACGGUGCGCGACCGGACGGUCGAGCUGCAGAAGAGCUACUCGGCGUUGUUGACCAAAGUGCAAGGAUUAGUGACGCAGUCGGAGAAGAACCUCGUCAGCCACACGGAGUUCCUGUGCUACAAGGACGAGAUCAACCGCUGGCUGGCUGACGCCAACGCGACCAUCAAGAACUGUGCGAACGUGGCGGCGGAUGAUGUGACGGUGGUGCGGCAGAAGGUGGCGCAGCUGCAGGCUCUCUCGGGUGCCGUUCCCCAGGGUCAGAAGCUGUUCGAGAUGCUGCAGGAUGCGUUCACCAAAUCUUCUUACCUUUACCCGGAGGACCGACAGACCAGCAUGUUCCAGGACCUGUCGAACAUUCGCGAUUCGCUCGAUACGGUCCUGAUCGGUAUCGGCUCGUCGCUUAACACGCUGAACGCGCAGGCAGGGCGGCUGGAGUCGUACGAGGAGCUGAAGCGACGGGUGGCCGAGUGGCUCACGGCGACCGAGGCUUGGUUCGGAGCGCUUCCCGAGACGCACGGUGGCGAGCUGACGGAGGUGAAAACGCUGCUGGAACGGUUGAAGCACACGCAGACGGAGAUCGCGUUUAAGCAGGCCGAUCUGGGAGCGCUUCACCGUGAAGCGGCCACCCUGUUCGAUACGAGCCGCGGUGAAGUGGAGCGUGUGGCCGGACUGCAGUCCCGGUGCGGCAAGCUGAGCGAUCGGUGCACCGAGCGCAUCCGGGCGGGCGAGACCGAGCUCGAGGAUCAGAUGGCGUACUACGCGAACCUGCAGGAGAUCGAGCGGUGGCUGCUGCAGAUCUCGUUCCAGCUGAUGGCGCACAACUCGCUGUACAUCUACAACCGCGAGCAGACCCUCGAGCAGAUUGCACAGCACGAGCGGCUACUGGGCGAUAUCCAGCGGUACCAGGUGACGAUCGAUGACUUCAACGCGAAGGGUCAGGCCCAGAUCGAGCGGUACGUGCUGGGGGCACCCGCAAUCCGCGGUCGGAUCGAGACACAGAUGCGGAACAUCCGUGACAGCUACGGAUCGCUGCUGAACACGUCGGUCCAGAUCAAGAACCGGCUGCACGAGUCGCUGGCUAAGUUCCAAGAGUACGAGGACACGCUGGACGACAUCGGGCGGCAACUGGACGAGCUGGAACCGCGGGUGGCCGAUGAGCGGCAGGUGGGUGUGACGGAUUACGCGGCCGGCCAGCGGCAGCUCGAGAGUGCCCAGGCCAUCCACAACCAGCUGCUGGUGGAGAAGAGCCGUCUGAUGUGCGCGGUACAAGCGUGCGAAGCGGCCACCGCCAGCAUUAGCCGGCCCAGUUCGCCGAUGGACAACGUGUCGCAGAUGAUCCCGGAGAAGGAGCUGAUGGUACGUGCCCGGCUUGAGGAUCUGAUCGACGACGUGCAGCGGUGGAUCGGUGAGUUGGUGACGGCGAUCGGGGACUGCGAGCGUCAGCACCGGCAGCGGGUGGAACUGGAGGGCUGGAUCGCGCGGCAACGGGCAGCGGUGGCCGAUUGGGGAUCCAAACCGGCCAAGUUCCGGCCCGAUGCGGCCGAGCAGGAGUUGCGUGCGAUGGGCGAGUUGAGCCGCUCGGUGACGGUGAAGCGUGACGACUUGACCGGUGACUCCGAGCAGGACCGGCGGUUGCGGGACGAUCUGGAGCAACUGCAGGCCACGCUGCGGCAGGUGAUGGAACGCAAACGGGACGAUCAGCUGGCCAUCGAGAAGUACCGGAAGCAGUACGACGACGUCCAGAGCUGGCUCGAUGCGAUCACACACCAGAUCGACUGCGUAGAGGCUGGCGGGGCCGGUGGGUUGAGCUGUCGGCAGAAGCUGGACAAGAUCUCGGGCAUCAAGCGCAUCCUGGAGGACGACUGCGACAUGCUGCCGAGUUUCCGGCGAAACGCGGAGCACAUCGCGCAGCUGGUGAGCAAUCUGGACGCACAGCAGGUGACGGAGCAGCUGAAGUCGGUUGACCGGCGGCACCGGGACAUCGCGAACCGGUUGACCCGCCGGCUGGACGUGGUCGAUUCGACUAACCGGACGUUCGGCAAGUUGCGCACUGACCUGGGUGAGUUGGCACGCUGGGCGGCGGAGAAGAACGAGGCACUGGGCGUGCCGUAUCAGCUCGGUUCGGACACGAAGUCGGCCGAGGCGCAGCAGCAGACGUUCCGGGCACUGGCGAAGGAGCUGGAGGGCAAACAGGCGUACCUGGACACACUCGGUAAGCGGUUCGCCAGCAUCCAGGCGGAUCUGGAGCCGAGCGAGAAGCAACAGGCGGAGGGUGAGCUGCAGCAGCUGGCCCGGACACUGGCCCAGCUGGGCGAUCGGGUUCGGGCUGAGGUGGAUCGUCUCGUGGAGGACAUCCUGUGCCGGAAGAACAUGCACAACAAUCUGGAUGUGACACGGGCCUGGAUCCGCACGAAGCAGGCGGACGUCGACAAGAUCUCCGACCAAAUCCCGCUGCUGGCGAGCAACGUCGGCUCCGAGAUCAAGCUGUGCCGGCGGCACGGCCAGGCGAUCCGGGAGUUCCAGGAGAACGCGUUCCGGGACGUAGCACGGCAGGUGCGUGAAAUCAUGAAGGAUUGCAGCGACGAAGGGAAGGCAAAACUGGCGCACGACUUUGGCGAGAUCGAGGUGCGGCUGGCGGAGUUGGUGGAGAGCUGCGCGCGGAAGGUGGAGUUUAUGGAGCGGGAGCACGGCAAGCGGCGCGAGUUUGAGGAGCGCCGCGAGCGCGUCUGGAGCUGGCUGACCGAGGCCGAGUCGCUGGUGUCGGCCGAUCUCCGGACGACCAGCUACGAGGCGGUGAAGGACCAGAGCCGCAGGUUCGACACGCUGUGCGGUGAGUGCGACGCGAUGAAGGCGGUCGUAAAGGAGGCGGACGAGUUUGCGGGCGCCAUCGGGCCCACGCUGAGCGAGCUGGACAAGACGCACAUCGGCAACCAGGUGAAGGUGCUGCGCGAAAAGUGGAACGCCGUCAGCAGCGUGCUGCGGGUGAAGUGCCAAAAGCUGAAGGAUCACCUGGCCGAGUACGAGGAUGCGCUGGGCCGGAUUGCGGGUUGCGUGGCGUUCAUCGCGGGCGUGCAGACGCGCCUGAAGGAACUGAACCGCCCCGUGACGAGCCGGAUCGAGAACAUUCAGGAAGUGCUGCUGGCUUACGAGCAGAUCCUGGGCAGUCUGAAGGAGAAGCGGCUCGAAAUGAGCACGAUCCUGCUGACCAACUUGCCGCAGUUGCGCGAGAACUCGACCAAACUGGAGGAGCUGAUUAUGGGAAUCGAGGAGCAGCUCCGGCGCCUCAAGUCGAUGCUGGUGCUGAAGGAGCAGUUCCUGGGGGCGAUCAACGAGAUCGUGAAGCAGAUCACCAAGAUCAACGGCGAUUUCAACACGGUCGACAACCUCAGCCCGACGGUCGAAGAACGGUUGGCCCGGUACGGGGACCUCGGGCGCGCCAUCGAGGCGUGCGAGGGGUUGCUGGUGGCCGCGACCGACAAGGGC